GUACUACUGCAGUACGCAGGCGCGGAAGUACAGGUUGUAUCCCGUUCUUCGUUCGUCUGCUGCGAAAGCUUAAAAUUUUGUGAUGGUUUGUCGCUUCUACUCGCUAAGAUAGCCGUCUAGCUUCGCCAUAGAAUACCUCCAGUAGAUUUAAGACGGUUUGGGGAGGACGGUAAGAGCCAGUAAAAACACACAGUACGGGAUUUCGGGUCGGAAUAAUGUCAUCGGCUGAUGUGACGGGUGAUGGGGCAGGGGCCGCCGGAGGGGGAGGGGCGGACGUGGACCAGGGGACCUACGAGUGCAAUAUCUGCCUGGACACGGCCAGAGACGCAGUGGUCAGCCUGUGUGGACACCUGUUCUGUUGGCCCUGUCUUCAUCAGUGGUUGGAGACCAGACCUAACAGGCAGCUGUGUCCUGUGUGUAAGGCUGGCAUCAGCAGAGACAAGGUCAUACCACUGUACGGGAGGGGGGGUUCACAGAUGGAUCCCAGAACGAAAACACCACCUAGACCACAGGGACAGAGGCCAGAACCAGAAAAUAACCAUGGGGGCUGGACAUUUGGAGAUGGGGGAUUCCAGAUGUCCUUUGGAAUUGGAGCCUUUCCGUUUGGUUUCUUUGCCUCGGCUUUUAACUUCAACGAUGGAAGGCCAGGGCCAGCUCCCCCAGGCACACCACAAGCAGAGGAGGAGAGAGUCCUGUCCACCUUGUUCCUCUGGAUUGCUCUUAUCUUCAUGUUCUGGCUCCUCAUGGCAUGAUGGGAUAGGUGCUGCAAGGUAUUGUGGGAAACACUCAAGCACAACAUGGGCAACAGUUUAAAAAGGAAAUAGUUUAAUCUGUCUAAAUAGUUCAUUGUUAUCCAAAUAACCUUAUUUCUGCAAGUAUUGCUAUUAUGUGCAUGUAAAAUAUGUGUGGAUACUGUUUUGACACUUUAUCAUAUUGGAGACUGGCUCUAACCAAGAAGUUUACGAUGGUGCCACAGCAUUCCAAAUGUAUCCCAUAUAUUGGUGUUCAGUUCAUAUACAGCCUCUUUCUUGGUAUAAUUCUUGGUAUUCUUCAGUAUAAUAGGAAGCUUUCCCAUGUAUGAAUUCAUCUUCACAAUGGUGUGAGUAUUGCGGUAUUGCUAAUUGUAAUUCAUAUGUAUAGUUAAGCAAAGUUUAAACACUGCAACUAAUAAUUGCAACUUGCUACCUUUGUAUAAUAUGUUAAGAUAUUUUGGGUUUAUUGCAUGUGAUUAAGCUAUCAAGCAAUGUAUUUUGGCUUCAGGCAAAUUAUGAACUUUGAAAGGGGAUACAUGUAUAUGCACACAUAUGGUUACAGUGGAAAAAUUGUCUUCCACAUUUGUUUUUUGGCCAAUCAUUAAGCAUAUCUAUCUUUCAAUGCAACUUACAGCUGAUUCAAAAUCUCUGGUUUUACUGAAUAGAUAGUUUCAGCAUAUAGCAAUGGACAGUAUCUACGUUCUGUAGGCAGUUACAGGCAUUCUGUUAAUGUGUCUCAAAGUUUAUCCAUUUAAUGGUGACAUCACAAAACUUGCUGUUGUUUUUUUGUAGAUUCCAUUUUGUCCUUGUAAAUGUUAACAGUAGCUGUGUUUUAUCCAACCAGAGCACAUCUCUUGAUGCCAUUGCUGGGAAAGUAAUAAUACCCUGUUUGCUAUUGGUCAGAUGACUACUGUCUACUGAGACUGAUUACUGAUUCUGUCAAGAGCUGUUGUAAAAAUAGUAUAGGUUAUUCAUUAUUUGCCAUGUAAAAACAUUAAUUCACGUGGCAUUGUUACCCUAUGAUUUUAAUGCAUUUACUGAAAUGAACAAUAAAGUUAGACAUUACAAAAGUAC